AUGAGCACAUCCAAGAAAAUCACCAAGGUCGUCGUCUCGACGGAGCAGCCCGAGGGCGACGGUGCCCGGGUCCGCCGCUCCAUCGGCACCCACCAACUCCGCAACCUGGAUCCUUUCCUGAUGCUGGACGAGUUCAGCGUCAGAAAGCCCGCUGGCUUCCCCGACCAUCCGCAUCGAGGAUUCGAGACAGUCACCUAUAUGCUUGAAGGCACAGUGGCGCAUGAGGACUUUGCCGGCCACCGCGGCCGCAUCGGUCCUGGCGACUUGCAGUGGAUGACUGCCGGUCGGGGCAUCGUUCAUGCCGAGAUGCCCGAUGGCAAUACGGCGGCCAAGGGCCUGCAGCUGUGGGUCAACCUGCCCAAGUCGGCCAAGAUGGUGCCGCCAAAGUAUCAGGAGCUCUUGGACAAGGAUGUGCCCAAGGUCAGCUCCCAGGACGGCGGCGUUCGGGUCAAGGUCAUUGCGGGCGAGAGCAUGGGCGUCAAGGCCAAGGUCUCGACCUACAUUCCGAUCUACUAUCUUGAUUUCGACAUGGAUGCCAACAAGUCUGUCGAGCAGGCAAUCCCCGAAGAUUACACCGGCUUCAUCUACACACUCUCUGGCUCAGCACUCUUCGGAUCCGAAGGCACCAAGGGCGAGCCGCAUUCGACGCUAGUCUUAUCCAGGGGCGGGAGCACUAUCCGUGUCGAGACCAAGGACCAGAGCGCCCGAUUUGUGCUGAUAGCCGGCAAGCCCAUCGGCGAGCCGAUCGUGCAACACGGCCCAUUCGUCAUGAACGACUCACGAGAGAUCUACCAAGCCAUGCUCGACUACCAGAUGGGACAGAAUGGUUUUGAGAAUGCCGCUGGAUGGGAAAGCACCAUCGCCCGGCGCUACCGGGACCUCUGA